AUGAGCUUCCAGUUCUCGAUUUCUUUCUGGUCAAAACCAUUUCGAGAGGCUCGUCAACAUCCUCAAAUUCCAUUUCUUGGAGUUCUCAAGAAAAUAGCUAAGACGGGGUCGCUUUGUUGUGUGGCUGCAAGGCCACAUGAGUCUAAUGAAGCCAGUGGAGACUGGUCUGUGGGACAGCAGGAGCCUUACUGGCGGACUAACACAAGUUACUCACCACCUCCCUCGAGAUGGGAUUUCCAUAUCCAAUUUGAAGGUCUGCCACAUGGUCUGAAUGAUGCUGAUCAGCUUUAUGGAUCGUCUGCUUCAUCAAACAGUAAAGACAGUCGGAGAUGGGUUAGAGGCAACCAUUUUUUUAACCAUCAACAUUCUGUCUCCGAUGUCGGGUCCGACUUCUCACAAGCUCCUCAAUGGACUCCUCCAGCUAUUCAGGAAAUCAGUGUUCACAACAAUGGAAGCACUAGGAGGAGAGAUCCAGCUUCAAGGUCAUUGUCCUUUGAACCUGCUUUUGAGGAAUCCCCAGCAAACAGAGACAGCUUGGCUUCCAGUUCGUCCCGUUCAGACAGUAGUGAGUCAGAGUUUGGAUCAAGGUUCCGCUUUCCCACCCAACGGAACAGCUCGGGCCGCCGGUUCUUUGUCUCCAAACCAGUCCACCCACUAUCCCUCCCCAUUCAAAGCCCUGCACGAGAUGCUUCAGACAUUGAUCAUCGAUUGAGUAGUGCCAGCAGCAGUGUUGACUUGAGUUUCACCGAUGCUUCAGAGCCUUUGGAAUCUGAAUUGUGUGAUGGGUCGCGCAGCUCAUCUAAUGAUCAGAGAUGUGGAUUGUGCGGGAGGUUCCUCAUGCAGAGAUCACCUUGGAGCUCCCGUCGGAUUGUGAGGAGUGGAGACCUACCUGUGGCGGGAGUUCUUUCAUGCCACCAUGUUUUCCAUGCGGAGUGUUUGGAGCAGACCACCUCCAAAAUGCACAAAAGUGACCCUCCUUGUCCAAUAUGUGCCAAAAUGGAGGAUUACAACUCUCCGGAGCGUAGAAUAUAUUCCCGAUUAAGGAGUAAUUUUCCAAGGCUGAGAACCUUCUCAGAGGAAGGCCCAUCAAGGCCUUGGGGUUGUGGGCAGGUCAGGGAUUGCGUAGAAGGAGCUUUUCAUGCGCCUCCUCGAAAUUCCAUGGUGUUGCUAAAUAGGAAUCGUCUGAAGAAGAACCUCUCUCUCAAGGGCGCCUCUUUGAGCAAGGAAUUCCCUGGUAAGGUGAAGAGAAGCGGGCCAUGUUCUUCUUCUUCACCCUUCUGGGCCGGAAGCUCGGUCGGUCAGUCUGCGACCCCGAAGGUAGCAGUGUGCCCAUCUCCUGGAAGUUGUGAAAGUUUGUAGAUAUGUAGAAAACCAGUUGGCUGAAACCUUCGGAUUAUUGUCCUCCUUUUUUCCUCAUUGGAUCUAGUUGGUUUUAAGCCCAGUCGAUAUCAAAAUUCUUGUAGACACGAGAAUCUGACUUCUGGUCUCGGCAUUGUAUUUGUAUAGAAAUUAUUUUGCUGCGAAACCUUAUGCUUGAAAUGCUAAUAUAUGGAUUGCUUGGAUUUGGAAAUUU